AGUCGUUGAAGCUCCGGCGUGACAAGCGUGCUACGUGAUCCAUCCACUUCCUAAAGAAUAUUUAUUCUCAAGACAAUUACACUUCAAGUUGUUACGCAAUAUUCACGUGAAUCCUAAGGAUCACAUUCAAUCGCUACAAUCUACGUAAUUACAAAAAAUUUCAGUGAGUCUCUAGUUCAAGAUUGAUUCAAUUCGUCUAGUUAAGUUUGUUUUUCUGAGUCAUCAUGGGAAUGAAUCAAAAGAUAUUAGCUGGUUUGGUGCAUUUAAUGGCUAUUAUGUUUGUUACGAUGAUUGUUAUUAACGCCCUGGGUGGAGCCGGUUACAAAGGUCUUUUUAAUCAGAGCACAGGGCAGGUAUCAGACAACUACAAAAGUUACAUAACACCAGCAGGAUAUACUUUUAGUAUAUGGAGUGUCAUUUACAUAUUUCUUGGAGCCGGUGCAAUCUAUAGUCUAGCAAGCGUUUACCGAAAGAGUGAUGGCUCAAGUAACCGAGUCUACGUUCAUCCCAUUAUUCUCAACUGGCUUUUUUACGUCGCUCUCUCAACAAAUUUUUGCUUGAACGCGGUGUGGAUGGUCUUGUGGGACAGAAAAUUAAUGGUCGUUGCAAGCAUAGUUUUGUUGCUAAUAGCGUGCACUGGAUGGCUAUCUUUCGCUGUCGCUGUCAUCAGAGGAAAACGUGCCAUGGAGAAGAAAAGAGAUGGACUGUCGAAAACAGUUGUUUUCAAGGAAGUGCGACUACAAAGAAUCUUGAUCCAUAAUGGCAUUGCUCUAUACACUACUUGGACAACAAUCGCUUCUCUUUUGAAUAUUAACAUCGCCUUCCAGUACUUUGGCAAUACGGACGCAGAGACAACCAGUUUGGUUUGCUCGUCGAUUCUUCUGAUCAUCAUGCUAGGAUGGUUUUUCUUUGAAAAUACCUAUUGGCUUGAUCCAUACGUUCGCUACACAGUAACACAAUAUCCUGUGAUUAUUUUUGGUACCUUCGGAAUCCUGAGUAAACAAGCCUAUCCGAAUCGUACAGACGGACCCGUUCCAGAGAGCGUACGAAUUCUGACGUGGAUCAUUUUGGGAGUCGCCUCAAUUCAGCUUGCGGUUCGAUUGGCCAUCGUUAUUUACCGCUACCGCACUCGACCCCUCUUUGAAAGUGAACCUGUACCAACUGCAGUUCAGAACGAAUAGUUUGGACUACAAAUGUGAACAAUCUACAAGGAAGAAGGAACCUUUGAAAUUUCCCAGCUAAAAUGUGACAUAAUUUCGAUUGACAUAAUAACUUCACUAUAACACUACACCAGAACAACAGUACAACUUUUGCGCAUUAAAAAUACAUUUUCAGUAAAAAAGUA